CUUCGAACCGGAAGCAAAUUUGUGGGGUCAUGGAAACUUUGAAACGUUUUCUGUCGGAUGCACGCAUGUAAACAUAACCUCUUGUUUAGUUGGUGUAAGACCAACAACAGGUCAUGCAUGCCUCUCAAGGGGGUACGAAUUUGAAACAUUAGUAUUGCAGUAAAUUAUUGAGCAAAAAUGUCUAUGGAAGAUCCGUUUUUCGUCGUCAAAUGUGAGGUCCAGAAGGCGGUGAACACUGCCCAAGGGCUGUACCAGAGAUGGAGCGAGCUGCUACAGGAUCCCAGUGGUACUUCCAAGGAGGAGGUGGACUGGACCACAAAUGAGUUGAGAAAUAGUCUGCGGUCCAUCGAAUGGGACCUGGAGGAUCUCGAUGAGACCAUCAGUAUUGUUGAAUCAAACCCUAAGAAGUUCAAUCUGGACACAGUGGAGCUGACCAAACGGAAAGGCUUCAUCACAAGCACUAGACAAACUGUUAAGGAAAUGAAAGACCACAUGUCCAGUCCAACAGCCUUAGCCAUGUCAGACAAGAAAAAUAGACAGGCUCUGUUAGGGAAUAGUGGGUCUCAAGGCCCAAUCUGGCAACCAGGACCUGACAAAUACACCCGUCUGGACCAAGAGCUACGUACGGCCAACUCCAUGUUCAUUGAUGAGCAGCAAACCCAGCAGCAGCUCAUGGCAGAGCAGCAGGAUGACCAGCUGGAGCUGGUGUCUGGGACCAUCGGGGUGCUGAAGAACAUGUCUGAGAGGAUUGGUAUGGAGCUGGAUGAACAGACCGUGAUGCUAGAUGACUUCUCCAAUGAGAUGGAAGGUACCCACUCCAGACUAGACAAUGUCAUGAAGAAGCUGGCCAAGGUCUCCAACAUGACCACCGGGAAUGUCUGUGCCAGACGACCUGGAGUCAUAAAGGGUCACGGCUGGAGAGGAAGGAAAAGUACCCCCCCACACCCCAUCAAAUGGUUGCACCACCUUAUAAGGAAACACCCUCAGGAAGCUUUCAACAGGAAGAACUCAGGAGACAGGGAGUCAAAUGAAAUCUGGCCGUUUUUUUGUCAGGAUAUCCUGCCGGUUCUUUCCCCCCAGCCCCUAGACAAUGUGCCUGCCGGUACUUUCCCCCCGGCCCCUAGACAAUGUUCUUAGGGUUUUAUAUAGUAUUAUUCCCCUGCUAUUUUUUCCCCCCCUUUGCAACAUGCCACUCCAGUUGCAACUUUAAAAUAUGAUUGUUUCAGGUUGAAAGACAUGAUAGCCUUCAUAGAACAUAAAUUCCUCACAAUUGUAUGUAUUUGGACCUUUCAUGCCUUAAUAUGUCUGAAAUAAUUGUGUUAUUUAUUUAUUUUUACAUAAAAUAAAAAAAACUGCAGAUCAAUUGCUCCUCACGUUGUUUGAUACAGUUCACCCUCCUCUCUUUCUCUCUUCCCUUCUCUUGCAGACCGCCGACAGUGGUGUGCUAUCGGCAUUCUACUGGCCAUUCUGUUUGUGGUCGUCAUGCUCCUCUUAAUCCUAUGAUGACCGUCCACCACCACAACAACACCCCUGUCUCCGUUUGACCAUAGGGAUGGACUUUACAUGGGGCUUGGGAAAACAUCAAGGUUUCCAUUGACAUAGGGAAAUGGCUAUCUACCCCAACCCUCUUUUUACUACAUACUGCUGAAUAUACAGCGAUUCUUCCAUAGCUGGUGCAAGUUUCUGCUCAAGCAACAUUCUCAGUUGUCAUUUUAGCACUAAACUUAAACCUUCCUUGGCAUCUCUAUGUAGGAUUUGGCCCUAUGUGAAUACUAGGCUACAAAAUAUUUUCCGGAAACCCAUUUGAGGUAAACCAGGGUAUAACCAGGGUCGUUGCAUACUCCUUGUGACAUUUUAGUGUUCAUAUUCAGAGAAUAAUGUAUGAAGAAGACUCCACUCCGCUUAUCUAAUCGUUAGUGUUUUUAUUGAAAGGGGCUUGUCUAUCGUUUCUCGCUGGAAAAACCCCUACGGCUACCUGAUGCACUGUUGGCAUAAAACGUUUAUAUGUAUAUAUAGUAAACUGUAUAUAUAAUCUUAAUUGAAACAAAACACUGGAGUUCCCUAACAAGGAAAAUAAUAUAUAUUGCUAAGUGGGUAUACAUAUCACUAACCACACUAAAAUGGUUCACCUUAAUGUGUUAUUAUAUAUUUUUCUUAAUCUAUGUUCUUUCUUUUUGUAUGUGUGUAUUUUGGCGUAUAGGCUUAUACACGAUCAACAGGUGUUUAACACUCGCCUGCAAGAUCAAGUCGCUGCCUGCAAUACUGAACGUAGUGGAGCAUAUCCAUAGACAUCUGGAACAGGGCUCAAUCCUGAAUUUAUGUGUCUAACGUGAGCAGUCUUAUCUUGUACGUAAAGUGGCAUGAUCUAGAAGUCCUUCUACCACAUGUCUAUAUGUUUGGUAUCUUUCAGUCCGACAACAUUUCACCAUGAGGGUCAUUCUAAAGACUAUAUGCUUAUGAACAGUGUGUGACACACCCCCAGGUGUACUUGAAUCUAGCAUGUCAACAGAUCUAAGGUUGUUUAUCUCAGCGACUAAGGGUCAUGCAUUUGUUUUGGAAUGUGGUUAUGUGGUUUUUACAAGUCCUUUAUUCCAAAGGCUUGUGUUAAAAAAAAAAAACGCUAAUUGAGAAGCCUGACCUGUGUUGUGGUUUAUCAGUGUUACAGGAACCCUGUUGUAAAAAUGAUUAAUGGGGGAAAUCAUUUGACUGUCAUGCCUGGGUCGUAUUCAUUUGGGUACUCCAUAGCAAAACAUUUUGCAACAGACAAGUAAUGUUUAAUUUCAGUCAGCUUUCUUCUGUUUGGUGCUUAAUGAAUACAGCCCUGGGUGUUGCAAUAAGACAGACUGAGAACAGAGAUCUGCAUAGCCAGUGCUGUUUGCUGAUACUGUAGUAGGCUGAUGCUCUAUGUUAUGCUAGGGCUGGAAACUUAAUUUUGAUCUUGCUUCCCUGUACCUCGCCCCUACCUUGGGUUCCAGGAUAAAUCGUAAAUUGAGGGUUGAAUGAAUCUUCUCUGUGUGUUCCUAUACAGUUCAAGGAGAAUGAUACUGUUAUGUUAGUUAUUGUGGAAACCUGGUAACAGUUUGAUUUGAAUAGGCCUCAACUCAUUUGAGGACUUGAUAUGAACGUAAUACAUUAAUUGACUGUAUUUUAGGUUGUACUACCUCAAUCCACAAGUGACAGUAAAUCAAGACAGUCAAAUAAUGCAAUACACCAGAAUGAUCAUGUGAUGGUACUACUAUAUGAAAUAUAAUGGACACUAGUGAUCAAAUCUGAGUUCUGAAAACACUCCACAGUCUUCUUUCAAAGGUUUUAUGAAGUUAGAAAGAAAUAUUGUAUGUCAAUUGUUUUUAUUAGUUGUUUAUUUAUUAUUUCAUGACGGUUAGUUAACACAAGUUUACUGUAAGUUAACUGUACAGUAUUGCAUUUAUAGUGUAUAUGACAUCAUUAGGUAGAAAACAUUUACUAACAUUUCUUUGUUUUCUUUUGGUCUCUUUAAAAAAAAAAAAAUUAAAUGGUCUCUUUUAAGCGUCCACACAUUUUCAGCAGUGUUAUAUCUGGUAGAAAGGGUGUGAGUUGGUUGAAAAUAUUGGCAUUUAUUUCAGAUUAUGGAUAUUUUGAAAGCAUGACAAUGACCCAGACAAUGAUGUACCAUCUGAAAAUCACUUGUCAGUCACAAUUUUGAAUUUAUUGAAGUUGCAAGUAAUUGUGAUGCCGUAUUACGAUACAAAGUACCCUCAGUAUUUAUACUGUACUUAAUGCACAGCAAAGUCACUGGUGAUAGGUGGAUGAGACCUAUUUGGUGUAUGUGAUAAUAAAUAGUACUGUUUGUGGAGAAUGGGUACAGUCCAUGACAUUGGAAGUCAAGAUUAGUGUUUGAUUGGAUUAAACAACUGUGUUCCCAUAGAGGAGGAGGCGAAGCUAGAGGUUUCACUCGCCAAAAUCUGAUUUAAGCUUGUCGCCCGCCCGCCUUUGGGACAACGACUGCCAUUUUUAGGGCAGAGACAUAAGCAUGAUCUCGUCAUCAUAUACAGAUGUCUGGUGUUCCUCUUGUUUGUGUAGUCAUGCGUCUGGAGUGUAUAAAAAUGCUUUUUACCCUUGAACUUUGACUUCAUGUCAUCGUAUCAUCAUGGCUGUGCGUCUGUCCUGAAAAUAAAACAGCAAGCAGGAUGCUGCGAAUAUUCA